AUAAAUGAAAUGGUGCUUUAUCAUGCGCGGAAUGCACUUAAAGGCAUGGUACGUCCUCAGAGUUUAAAGAUUUGUCAAUUCCAAAUCAACACGGGCUUCAUACCGGAACAAGAAACAUUGAUAACAUUUUCCUCGAAUGAUCUCGAUGAUUUACCGGAUGCCGAUCAGGUUCCUCAUGACUUUUAGGUUUCGCUGUCGUUGAGUUUCACGGAUAACGAAUUUCCGCCGAGUAGGAAUCCUCCUUGGUUACCAGCAAAGCCCAUAAGAAACGCACAACAUAUAUUUAGUUCGCAAUUAGAAUUCGAGGAAAUGGUGGAUAAUUUCGUGACAAAACCUAGUUCGAUCAACAAACCUACGCCUGUUAGGUCAGCUGCUUCCGUAGAUAACGCCUAUUUUACCAGAUGCUACCGAAAUAAAGCAAGAGGAUGUACCUCGAAUCCAACCUCAACCAUCACCACCAAUAGACAUGCUCAAUUUAAACCAGCCCCAACCCCAGCUGCCGGUGCAAGAUCCACAAGCCACAACGAGUGACGCUAGUUUCGAUUUGCUUGGAGCAUUCGGGGAUGAUAAUUCAUCUGGCAUUGGCUCGGCUCCAAUACCUGAUAUUUUAGAAAUUAAUGUACAACCAACUUCAAAUGUCAACCUUGAUGAUAUCUUCGGCUCAGUUGCUUCAUCGGCGCCGAAAAUCAACGUGGAGUUUAAUAGUUUUUCUGUAAACCAGCCGACACCAACUUGUGCAAACCAACCUGGUGUAUUGGUGUGUGUCGCGUCAGUCUCAGCAAAAUAGUCUUGCAUCAACAACCAGAGCUCAGUACGUCAUAGUUAUUUUUCUUCUCUGUUUUUGGAAGCUAGUGCAAUGAGGUAUAGUUUUAAUAAACAUUUAUUCGAUUUGAAAUUUUUA